CAUGCGCACUAUAAACUAGGUGAACUGCUGGAACUCGCAAGCAACUUUUCAACGAGUUACUCUGACUUUUUCUAGUCAUGACCACUCGCAUAAUUUGACACCGGGCAGUUAAUCGAAGGGGUGGCGUAAACGGAUACGUGAAGAAAUCAGAGUGACGUUGCACAUCCUAUGUUUCACAGGAGGAACUUUUCUGCAACGCUAUAAGUUGGACAAUGUUGCGCCAGAGCGGGAGACACGGCACUGUUGUUUUGAACUUGACAUUGUGUUUAUAUCACUUCAUGUAAGAGAACAUCGCUUUUAGGCCCUCUCUUGUUAUUUUUAUUCCGCGGAUGUAUAACUCAUUAUCGUCAUGACAAAGGGAAAUCUCUGGACCGUGGCAACCACGGCGACGCUUUUCUUCUGUUUAUGCUUUUCAUGUUUUAAGGCGGAAACCCCAUCUUGUCAUGGUGCCUACGACCUUUACUUUGUUUUGGACCGAUCUGGAAGUGUUUCGACUGACUGGAGUCAAAUCUAUGACUUUGUCAAAAAUCUUACAGAGAGAUUUGUGAGUCCAAAUCUGCGAGUGUCCUUUAUUGUGUUUUCAUCAAGAGCAGAGAUUGUGUUACCGCUCACUGGAGACAGGUCAGAAAUUAAUAAAGGCCUGAAGACUUUAAGUGAGGUCAAUCCAGCUGGAGAAACCUACAUGCAUGAAGGAAUUAAAUUGGCAACUGAACAAAUGAAAACACAGCCUAAAAAGUCCUCUAGUAUCAUUGUGGCCUUGACAGAUGGAAAGCUUGAACCGUAUAUCCAUCAACUCACUAUGGAUGAGGCUGAUUCAGCAAGGAAGUAUGGGGCUCGUGUGUACUGUGUUGGUGUAAAGGAUUUUGAUGAAGAACAGCUAGCCGAUGUGGCUGAUACCAAGGAGCAAGUGUUCCCAGUCAAAGGAGGCUUUCAGGCUCUCAAAGGCAUCGUUAACUCGAUCCUCAAGCAAUCAUGCACCGAAAUCCUAACAGUGGAGCCGUCCAGCGUCUGCGUGAACCAGUCCUUUGACAUUGUUUUGAGAGGGAACGGGUUCGCAGUGGGGAGACAAACAGAAGGAGUCAUCUGCAGUUUCAUAGUGGAUGGAGUUACUUACAGACAAAAACCAACCAAAGUGAAGAUUGACUACAUCCUAUGUCCUGCUCCGGUGCUGUAUACGGUUGGACAACAAAUGGAGGUUCUGAUCAGUUUGAACAGUGGAACAUCAUAUAUCACCAGUGCUUUCAUCAUCACUGCCUCUUCAUGUUCGGACGGCACAGUGGUGGCCAUUGUGUUCUUGGUGCUCUUUCUCCUGUUGGCUUUGGCUCUGAUGUGGUGGUUCUGGCCUCUAUGCUGCACUGUCGUUAUUAAAGACCCACCUCCACAAAGACCUCCUCCACCUCCACCUAAGCUAGAGCCAGACCCGGAACCCAAGAAGAAGUGGCCAACUGUGGAUGCGUCUUACUAUGGGGGAAGAGGAGCUGGCGGAAUCAAACGGAUGGAGGUCCGUUGGGGAGAGAAAGGGUCUACAGAGGAAGGUGCACGACUAGAGAUGGCUAAGAAUGCAGUGGUGUCAAUACAAGAGGAAGCAGAAGAACCCAUGGUCAGAAAGCCAAGAGCACCUGCACAAACAUGCCAUCAAUCUGAAUCCAAGUGGUAUACACCAAUCAGAGGCCGUCUUGAGGCACUGUGGGCUCUUCUGCGGCGGCAAUAUGACAGAGUUUCAGUUAUGCGACCAACUUCUGCAGAUAAGGGUCGCUGUAUGAAUUUCAGUCGCAUGCAGCAUCAACAGAGGACAAGCUCUAGAAUAUGAAACACUUUGACUUCCAAGUGUUCCAGAUUGGACAAGAGAAAAAAAGCAUAAUUUCCUCGAGAUGUCAUAGCUUGUCUUUGGCCACUUCAGAGCAUCUCAAGUAUUGGCUUUCCAAAACGUACAAUUCUGGGUCUGCUAUCUCUCUCUCAAGCCACAGAAAGGCAGUGACUAAAUAGAUUAACACACACACACAAAAAAGAAGUGUGUGAAUUUGCAGCUGAUCUGGUUAGCUUUAAUGCACAGCAAAGGCGUUUUGGUGUUCUGACCAUAUUGUGCCUUCUGUGAGAAAAAAAAAAGAAUUAAAAUAUGAAUCUUAUGGACACAGACGGAGGCUAUUUAAAAAAAAAAAAAAAUUGCAGAAUGAGAUGAGGCUCUUUGCCGUUGGCUGGGAAGUAGAACUAAUCCCAGUGGGCUCAUGGAGUGCAGAAGUACUUUGCCUCUUGGCAAUGUCUCUUCACAAAAAUCUCUCCAAGCCCACUAUCAUCGGAUGCCUAGCGGGGCUUCUUUGACUAGAGAUCUUGUCAUUUUAACACUGAGAAGUGCACACGCAUGACAAAUUGUAGACAGAACGCCCUAAGGUACUGGACGCAGUAAGACUUUGCCCUUUAGUUUGUGAAGACACCUUUCUAUCAAUGCGAGGACAGCGCAGAGAAAUUAAUAGAGCGUUAUUGCACCGCAAGACACCCCGUGACCAAAGCUCUCCGGCAAGGUUUUGAGGGACAGCUUUACCUCUGAUGGUUAGAGCAUCCUCCCCGCUUAUUUGGCAGUCUGUUCUGUGCUCACCAAUGCAUAGAUGUACGCAAUUCAAAAGCAUGCCCUACAGUUACAGCUUUUACACUGUACUUUAGUACUGCUGUCCAACCGUCACAACUCUCAGUAUUUGUGCAGCAGGAAAAUCAAAGUUGGCAGCAUCAAACUUUAAUCGAUCAAACAUCAAAAAAGCAACUUUAGACAUGUAUUUGACCUCUGUAGGGUUUUAUUUAUUAAAAUAGACUCUUCAGCCAUCCAUCCAUCCAUCCAAGAUACUCCAGAGAUCAAACCGAAAGGGGCGACGGACGGAUGAGUAUUGUUCAUUUCCAGAAAUGAUCUGCGUCGCUCUCCCCCCUCCGCUUGCGCACAGAAAAGCGAGCAAUAUAUAUUUAUUUUAGAUUUCUUUAACGCGCUGUCAUGACGGCGAUGGCGAAUGAUGUCAGUGUCAGUGCAAACACUGUGGGGGAGGAAGGGGGCGGCAGCUGAAGAAAAAGGCUCGAACGAUCCAGUCACUUUCGAUACGCUACUUCAGAUGCAAAAUGGAUAUUCGAGUCGAAAUCUGACAAAGCGUGCCGGCUUUGACGGGAAGUGGUAUAGACAAUGACCAGUGGCUGGGUCAGUGGGAUGUCUCGGUGCAAGCAGGGAAGCUUAUCAAAUGACACUAAAAAUAAGUUCAACAACCAUCAAGUUUGAGGGGGGAACAGAAUGGGGCGCAGUGGCUCGCAUUCGGUGGGCAUGCAAGUGUGCAAGAUGGCAAGACCAUUAGGGGAGGAAAAAAAAAUGCCCUUGUUUAAUUAUUUCUUUGUUUCUAGCAUCGCGAUUGUAGGGACGCUAAUUAAUAUUCCCUCCACCCCCUUCCAAAAAAAAAAAAAGAAAGAACCAAAUUUAAUGCGUGGAAGUGUUAUUCUCAGAGUGGCACUUACAAGUUAAACUAAUGCACUUCAUGGAUAGCUAGGUGAGUGUCAUUUUCAGCUUUAUUUUAUAUUUCUUUUUAUACAUCACAGAUCACAAACUAUUUAAAUGAGAUAUUUGCAUAUUUGUUUAGCUCUAGUGUACAUACCGUUUAUCCAACUCAUCCUCACCACAGCACUGCUUUGCUUUUUUAUUAUUGUUUUUGCUUAUUUACUUUUUUGUUUGUAAGUUUUCAUUUUUAUGAUGCAUUCUUUAUUGUUAUAUUUAUGUUUUUAUUUUAUUUGUGGAUCACGUGGGUUUUAAUAUUUUGGGCGCUUUAUUGCAUGUGGAGGCAUUGUAAAUCUUUCACAUGUGUACACAAUUGGUUUUAUUCUUUUUUUUGUUGCAUUAAGCACCCCAGCCAUAAUUUCUUUCUUAUUUUUAAUGUAUAUUUUAUGCAAAAAAAAAAAAAUCUAAAUUGCACCUUGACUUUUAUUUGGAAUCAAACAUUUUGAUGUAGACUUUUAAUAUAAAAAUAAUAGGUAGUUUUUAGCACCUCAGAGAUGAGAGCUCUGCACUAUUUUUGUACAUAAAAUGCAAAGAAACAAUCUAUUAACAAUGAUAAUUUGUUUAAUUAAGUUCAUAAUUUGUUAUAUUAAAUUUUUUAUGCAAUAGUAUUUGCAGCCCUUGUGCUUAUAGUGCCUUAUGUCUUACUGCAGUCCGGCCAAUGAAUGUAAUUUCAAUAGUAACUUAUUUUUACCAAGUGUAGUAUACACAAGGAUAAUUAUCGUGUUCUUGCUUUAUGUAUUAUUAAUCUGAAUUUUUUUUUACCAUUUUUUCUGAAAACAAUGGGUUUGCAGAUAAAUUCAGUAGUACUUUAUAAAAGUAGUACACAAUAUUGCCUUAUAACAAUGCAAAUUAGAUAGAAAAAUACAAAUACACAAAUGAACAAGGAGUAAAUUCGGAAGUGAAUUGUAGAACAUUGAUAUCUUGAUUUAUUUUUUACACUCAAAAAAUUAUAUAUUUUUUCCUUAUUUAACUUAUUUAAAAUGAGCUAAAACAACACAAUUCUUGAGAUUUCAUUGGGACAACUUAAUUUUUUAUGUUCAAUCCACAUAAAUUUGUUAAAAGUGUUAAGUUAACUUAAUUUGUGUAGGGACAACAUUAAUGACUUGUGUGGAACCCUGCAUUUUUACAGUGUACCAACAUGAAAUGCUCAGAAAGCUGAAAACACCCAGAUCCACCAUAGUCUUAAGCACCGUGUUUGUCGUGUGUUUUUCUGCAGUUGCACUCCAUACACACCACUGCUUUUAGUACAUCUCACCAUGACAGAUUUCACAGAUAUCUCAUUUAAUCACGUCUUGACAUUUUCCUUAUUCAGUUUCAGACAUUCCUGUAUUUUCGUUCUUUUAUAUUUGCAUUUAUUUGAAUAAAAUAAAUGUCACAUUUUGAAAUGAA